UGUGUCACAUUGAUUACACGAUUUGUUUAAUUUAAAAUGGGUUUCAUAUUUGUUCAUACACUGUUAAGAUUUUUAAGAUCAAAAGUACGUGAUGUCAUGCAACUAAUUAUUAUCAGUAUUUUGAUUUAUAUUGUUUACCAACAAAGACAGUCAUAUGAUAGGAGGAUAGGAAAUGAACGAAUAAAAAAUGAGGAACAUACUUUUGAACACACUACAGUGGUUGAGACUCGAUCAGAAAUAGCAUCAAAAUCAACAAGAAAAUCGUCGAAUCACUUUCUCAUAAUUAGUAACGGACGUGCAGGAACACAUUUCAUGAUGAACUUGUUGAAUAAUCACCCAGAUGUAAAAAUGUACGAUGAACUUCUACAGACGAAAAUGUUAUUAAAACCUAAAGGCAUUAUGGGUAACAAAACCGCCAUCUUGAAAUACCUUUCAGAGGAACUUUGUAAAUUAAAAACAUUUUGUGAACAAAAUAAGAAAAUUGGAUUCAUACUUUUAAACUGGCAAAUAUCAAAUUUGGCGCCAUUUUUGUCACUGAAUGACAUUCUAAAACACAUUGGUAACCCAAAGGUUAUAGUUCAAUAUCGAUUAAAUACAUUAUUAUCGUAUUCCAGUCUGCAAAUCAUCAAAGAAAAUGGUGUCAUAAAUGCUAAUAUCUCUAACAAAAAUGUGAGCGUUGAAAUAAACUGGCAUAAAUUUGAGAAUUACGUGAUUAGAAAACGUACUGAAUGGGGAGACACUUUAAAAUGUAUUUCCAAUCGGACAAAAACAUAUGUAUCAUAUGAAGAACUUGUUGCUGAGCAAAAUCUAUGUAUAAGUAGAAUAUUUAAAUACAUUGGUGUCGCAGAAUAUCAUGGGAAAUUCGGUACUCGAAUUACGAAACUGAACCCAACGUCGCUGGAAGAGAGGAUAUCAAACUAUGCUGAAAUAAAACAAUAUAUAAAAGAAGCUCCUAAGAAACUUUUACAGUUGAAUCUUGCUACAGAGAAAGAUGUAACAACACUUUAUGACGAUGCAGAAAUUAACUGAGCAGAAAUAUCUUGUUAAAUGCUAAUAACCUAUAAUGUAUAAUGAUGAUUUUGAUCUCAACUAUUCAAUUUGUUUCAGACAUAAAUACCCUAUGUUCUCUUUUUUAAUUUAAUACGAUAAUGGACGAGUUUGACCAAAAGUAAGCUGAAAGGGAAAACUAUUACUGACUCGAAAGCGCAAAUUAUCGAACAAAUUGGGCAUAGGCGUACAUUUAUACUGACUUAGGAUUUCUUGUAGUAUCACUCCUCAUAUUAAUACUCUUUCCAUCCAGUUGUGUUGACAAAUAACCAAUUCUUGUUCUAGUAAAGUUAUCAUCGUUUCUUGAAAUGUAUCAAUGAUGUCAAAUAUAUGUAAAUAAGAAAAACUAAAUUGGGUCGCUGAAUGAGCUCUUCAUUGAAAGCAAAUCAUGCCUUUCAACAUUAAUUUGGAAGG